AUGGAGCCGGAGUUGGGCGAUGGCUACAGUCGAAUCGAUGGAAGGUACGUCCCCACCCCCACGAUCUCGAAACUAUAUAAGCUUCUCCAUCACAGUCCGUCCUCGUUUGUUCUCUUCCUCAGGUACAUUGGUGGCGUGAACGAAUUGAAAAACAAGGGCCACCUUCGCAAGCUCUUGCAUGAUCCAAGCGGGCGGAGAGACGGCUUGCAAGGGGUGUGGAGGAGCGAGCUUGGUGCCAUGCUGCCGGUUCGGACAGGGCUGUACGGUGGUACGGUGCCCGCAAAAGGCUCAUCGGAAAAGGUGGCGGACUGCUUUGGUGAGGCGGGGUAUGGCACUGGAGCUUCCACCAGGGAUGGCGAGGCCGAGAAGAAAGUUGAGAAUGGCAUGGAUUCGGUGGUACUUCCCCUGGAGCUCUACAGCGUGAGGGAGCGAGGGAGAGAGGAGUGCCCCAUUUGCCUUGGGGAUUUUGGCGAUGGGCAAGAGGUGAAUGUGUUGCCCAAGUGCAGGCACUUCUACCAUCGCGACUGUAUCUCGAUGUGGCUCUCCAAGAAACACACUUGCCCGAUUUGCCGCUGUAGCGUCUGA